UUGAAAUGAGAUUGAGUGCCCUACCAUCUGCACAGAGUCCAAAUACUCUAGAAUUGAACAAGAAACAAAAACAUGCGAAAGUAAUGCGUGAAAGACGAGCAAAGUGGAAUGAACAACAGAAACAAGAAAAUAAAGAAAGAAGCAGAAUAAGGAUGCAAAAUAUGCGUGAAAGGAAAAAAAAAAGAACAUACUCAAAAGUCUUGAAACCAGCACAUGACAAUUUAAAAGGAAAAACAAAGACAGACAAGAUGGCCAGAAAAAAAUUUGUUUCCAAUUUAUCAGACCAUAUCAAAAGAAAAUAUGGCAUGCAAAGUUUAGUUUGUAAAACCUUUGGAAUUGAAAAAAGAUACUUAACAAAAUAUUGUAAAAACACAGAGCAGAAACAAAGAAAGGAUACUAUUUCAAAAGAUACUACAGAUUCUGCUAACAAAUUUCUUGUACGUGAAGACAUAUCAAUUAAUGUACCAAAUAUAAAAGCAAUGAAAGCAAAUACAGAAGACCAUCAAUUUGUGCUACAGAAGUCAACGACAGAAAUAUAUUCAGAUUGGAUGGCCGAAAACCAAAAUACAGUUAUCAAAAUCUAA